GGCCUGAAAGUACGCCGGAUGAAUAUUCUUCUGCUUCUCGCUGCUUUCUCUCGAUAUCCCUCGAAGCCGUCGGAGGAGAGUAGUUGUAGGGUGUUUGCAGGGUAAAGACAGAAAGCCGCAUAGGAAGUGGCUCAGUGAGAGCUGAUAGGGUUUGGUCCGGAGCGCGCCGGGUCUGUCGAGUUAAAGCCUUCACUUUGCACUGAGACUACAAGUCCACCACAGACAUCACCAUCAUCAAAUCAUCGUCAUCAACAGAGGCAUAUUCAUAACGACUAGGUAUUAAUUAUGAGCACUACUGCAGGCCGCCCUCUUCUUCUUCUCACUGUCAACACCGCGCCAGAACGGGCUCGUCGGCUGAUUCCUCGAGUGCUCGAGAAUUUGAAAGAUCGCUACAAUAUCGUGCAUGCUGCUAACGUCGCCCGAAUCUCGGACGUGAAGGCUGUAGUCGAGGCUGUUCAGCCCGACGUCGUCUGCUGUGCCUCAAUGUGGACCCCGGAAGAAGUUGCUCAGAUUCACGCGAUGUCGAGAGAGCUUGUGCCAAAUGUGAAGGCGACUUUUAUUCCCCAUGGACUUCAAGUCGAGAAAGGACCGGAUGCUGUUGUCGAGUUUUUGACUGCGGAGUUUCCCAAGCUUCUGGCGGCAUGAGUUGUAUUUGAUUCUUCUAAUGUAACUUAUCUACAACAUCCUAAAAUAAACAUAACAUAUUACACAUAUCCAUUCUACGAGCACUAUUGUUAGGAACUGUCGUGAUAAUGGCCCCUCGCUAUGGCUCGGUCUUUCCGAGUAAGUAAAUUACCCCGCAGCCGCAUCGAGCGCG